UGUAAAUCUAUUUUUCAUAAACAAUUUAUAAAGGAUUUGAUAAUAUGGGAAACUGUUUUAAAUUAUUAAAUAGAAAUAAGAUAAUUUACCAUGAGAAGACAUGAAGAAAGUCGUGGAGAUGUGAGAAGUAGUUAAUUCUACAUAUUAUAUAUCAUGUAUAUAAAUACAACAUCAAAAGAGCAUUACCAAUUCAACUGUGCGGUCACAUACAAUGAUUACGCUUUGCAUGAUGGGUUCAAAACAAAUUUACUCGUAGCAGCAGCAUCCGCCAUUUCCUUAAUACUUCCCAUCACAGUGUUAAACAUUUUAAUCAUCACAGCGAUUGUUCGAGUGAGAAGACUUAACACCCCCGCCAACUUUCUACUAGCGAAUACCGCAGUGUGCGAUCUCUUGGUUGGGUGUGUGAGUAUCCCGCUCUACACUACAGUAUUACUGCUAGCAUAUCACAAGACACACAACUGCGUGCUAUUUACAAUUGAAAUCAUCACGGUCAACAUAUUCGGCAUGAUGUCAUUUCUUACCGUCACCAUUAUUACAGUCGAUCGAUACAUGGCUAUCUUCAAACCUUUCGCAUACCACGAGAAAAUCCUCGUUAACAAACGAAUCUAUAAGUACAUUAUGACUGUCUUGUGGAUAUUUAUAGUCGGUUUUGUGAACCUAGCCUCGCUACUGCCUUACUAUGACUUAAUAUUCUAUGUGCAAACGCCCGUUGCAAUAUUCGCUUUGCUUGCUUGUACGUACAUUUACAUCCGAAUCUACAGAACAGUUAAAAACAUUCGUACGAAAACACGAAGAUCUACGAGGGAGAGAAGAUACACUGUGGUAACCUUUGGAAUGUUAGUAUCACUAAUUAUUUUUUACAUGCCAUACUUGAUAGUAAGUGCAUUCUGGGUAUUGUAUCCGUACAACACUAAUGAUAUGCUCUAUGCCACGUCACCAUGGCUUUUUACUAUAAUAGCAGCAAAAUCGCUGGUCAAUCCUUUGUUGUAUUGUUUUACGUUAAAAAGUGUACGGACAGGAAUUAAAAGGGUGUGUGGAUGUCGAAGGAACGACCAUGACAGAAGUAGCAGCAAAUGGGACAGUAAUUUCAACUCUACUUUUAGAAUAUCUAGAAAAUUCCAGGACAUACAAGAACAGCAGCAACGACAACCACAACCACAACAACAACAACAACCACAAACACAAACACAAACACAACAACAACCACAACCACAGCAACCACAACCACAACAACAAACACAACAACCACAAAGACAACAACAACAACAAUAGCAACAAAGAAUCGAAAUUGAUUAAAACAAUAUUAUCCUUGUUUAAGAUCCAAUAACAUAAUUCAAGAUUGUGCCGCCAGUGGUUGAUCAAGUAGAAGAGUUGUUACUUUUACUUCAUACGAUUAUUUCUGGGAGUGCGUAACGGAAUGGGCGUAACGACAUGGAUGGAUGAAUUAGUGGGUUACCUGUGUCAAUUUAUUAUGAAAGUACCUGCCAGACGAUCAGGUAUUCUCUUAACAUUCCAAAAAUAGCCCAGGAUAAUAAUAAAUAAAAGUAACUAAAAUAUAUUUUUAAAAUUAUUUUUUGAACAUUUUUUGUGAGAGACACGAAAAAAUAGAAUCCAAA